AUGUGGUCAAUUUGGGCUUGCUGGAAUGAUUUGGUCUGGAAAGACAUUGCGCCGUUGCCUUUUGCUGUGCGACGACAAGUUGAAGUGGUGAGUUCACUUUGGUUUGAUACAUACUCUAAAACAUCUACAUCUACUGUCAUUGAUACAAAUAGUGGUUCAUGGAUUCUUCUGCCAAUCAAUAAGCUUAAAUGCAAUGUUGAUGCAGCUAUUUUUUAUGAUGGGGCCGGAUUUGGUGCUGUUGUUCGGAACCAUGAAGGUAAAUUUGUUGCUGCCUAUGGUGCUCGGUUGGAGUGUGGUAGAGAUCCUUUCUUGGCUGAAUCAAUGGCGGUUAAAGAGGCACUAGCAUGGUUAAAGGCUCGUGGAUUUAAUAAUUUGUUGCUUGAGUUUGAUUGUCUAAGUUUUUGUUAUAGUUUUAACGCUACUUCUUUAGAUCUCUCUUGUGUUGGUUUGAUUGUAAUGCAAUGUCGGUCCAUUUCUUCUGACAUUGGGAACGUGUCUGUUCACCAUGUCAUGAGGUCAGCGAAUCACGUAGCUCAUGUGUUAGCACGGGCAACUGGUUCUUUGUCUAGUCUAGGGUCGUGGGUGUCUGUGCCUCCGAUUUGUAUCUCGCAUUUGAUUGAUUAUUAA